UGUGUGUGUGUGUGUGUGUGUGUGUGUGUGGGUCCCCCCUCACAACAUAAAGGCGACGUUCAGGGCGAAAAACUUGCAAUUCAUGGCAUGGAGGAGUCCGCGGGCGGCCGCAGCCCUCCGAUCUGUGUCCGGGUAGGCGGAUGAGGAGCAGAUCAUGGUCUGAACCCACUUAUCAUCGAGCCGAAGCAAAAGCCGCUCCAGUGUCCUCCUUCUUCUCCCCUCCUCUUCCCUGUCUUCUUUUCCUUGUCCUCGGUGAAAUCUGACACAACACCCGCGGGGUUUCUCUCCACCUCUGGACGGCGGAUCGAGGCUCACUGUCCCGCUGGGAGAGGGAUCGCCGGGCUCGUACCACAGCGUUUCUGAUGCCUUCAACUCGGAGCGAGAGGGACAACCCCUAGCCCCCCGUUUUUUACGCGAGGGACAGACACACGGACACCUCCGUCAUCCUCCACUUCAUGAGAAGGACUCGGCGCGGUGAACGGAGAUCAGAGAGCAGACGGGGACCAUGGCAGCUACUCUGUCGGCGGAGGAGGAACAGGCUACCAGGCAGUUUCUGGAGGAAAUCAACAAGUGGACCAGUCAGCAUGGAGUGUCGCCGUUGUCCAGGGAAUUGGCCGUCAAGUUUCUCAUGGCUCGCAAGUUCGACGUCCUGCGAGCCAUCGAGCUGUUCCACAGCUACAGGGAAACGCGUCUUAAAGAAGGAAUCGUCAGACUUCAGCCUCAGGAAGAACCUCUGCGCUCAGAGCUGCUCAGCGGAAAGUUCACUGUGUUGAGUGUACGGGACCCCUCAGGGGCCUCCAUUGCCUUGUACACGGCCAAACUUCAUCACCCGAACAAGACAGGCAACCAUGUGGUGCUUCAGGCCCUCUUCUACCUCCUGGAUCGGGCUGUGGAGAGCUUUGAGACCCAGAGGAAUGGCUUGGUGUUCAUUUAUGACAUGGCAGGAUCCAACUACACAAACUUUGAGCUGGACCUGAGCAAGAAGAUCCUCAACCUGCUCAAGGGGGCGUUCCCCGCCCGGCUGAAGAAGGUGCUGAUUGUCGGGGCCCCUGUUUGGUUUCGAGUGCCCUACAAUCUGCUCAGCCUGCUUCUCAAGGAGAAACUUAGGGAGAGGGUUCAGAUGGUGAAAAUGGCCGAGCUGCGCCAGCACCUCCCCAGAGACUGCCUCCCCCAGCACCUCGGCGGCCUGCUGCCUCUGGACGCAUACAGCUGGAACCAGCAGCUACUGGCGGGCCAGAACGGGCGGGUAGACCCAGUGGACGAGCUGGUGGGCAUCCCGGUGGAAGACGCUUCCAUUCACGUCCCCGGACCCGAGUCCAUGCGCCCGCAGGAGCUGCUGGCCCAGCUCGGCAGGCUUCAGCGCUCGGGCAUCCAUCUAGAGUAUGAGGAGCUGCGCAAAGAGCCGCCGCCUGGAACCUUCCACUGUGCACAAGCAGCCUACAAUCAGGAGAAGAAUCGCUACGGAGAUGUGCUGUGCCUUGAUCAAACAAGAGUUCGUUUGAAAGCCAGAAGGAACGAGAGAUCAGACUACAUCAAUGCGAGCUUCAUGGACGGCUACAAACAGAGGAGUGCUUACAUUGGUACUCAAGGACCACUGGAAAAGACCUACGGUGAUUUCUGGAGAAUGGUCUGGGAACAAAACGUGCUUGUUAUCGUCAUGACGACCAGGACAGAUGAGGGCAGUCGCAGGAAGUGUGGACAGUAUUGGCCUCUGGAAGAAGGGGGGCAGGAGGUCUAUGGCCAUAUGGCAGUGGUUAACCAAAGGGUUGACCACCACACCCACUACAACCACACCACCCUCGAACUGCACAACACUGAGACAUGUGAACAGAGACAAGUGAGCCAUUUCCAGUACCUCAGCUGGCCCGACUACGGCGUUCCCACCUCGGCAGUGACUCUCAUUGACUUCCUGGGAGCUGUGAAGAGACAACAGAGGAAAAUGGUGAAGGCUCUGGGGCUUCAGUGGACGGGUCACCCACAGGGACCCCCGAUGGUGGUCCACUGCAGCGCGGGGAUUGGGAGAACAGGUACCUUCUGUGCCCUGGACAUCUGUCUGUCCCAGCUACAGGACGUAGGCUCGCUAAAUGUAUGCCAGACGGUGCGACGCAUGAGAACACAGAGGGCCUUCAGCAUUCAAACCCCGGACCAGUACUACUUCUGCUACAAUGCCAUCCUGGAGCACGCCCAAAGGCAGGGCCUCCUCCCAACCAAUCAGUGAGCUUCAGCCCUGACCUCUCAAACCAGUCCACAGUCCUGAGAAUUCUGCAGUCAGUCUGUUAACCCCAAGCCGCGUUGUGUGACCAAUUAGCGAGCCCAGGAAAAGCUAACUUCCUCACAGAAGCCGUCUUUUGAAACUAGGCCAUUCUUCAUUUGCGAGCCAGACCCAGACGAGACAGCGACACGAAAAGGCUCGAGUGUUGACAUUACAGCGCACCAGCGUGAUAGCGUUCUCGCUUCCAACAAUGUGACAUUUUGUUUCUCGCUGAACACAUCUCAAAGUGUGAGGCGGCGCAAACAAACUGCUCCUGUGUUGUGCAGCUCUGCGGUCAGGCACGUUGGCUGAAGCGAGCGAGAUAAUGUUCAUCAAACCUUUUGUUUAUGGUUUAGGGGACCUUAAAGGAGUAGAUCACCCCAAAAUAAAUAAUCAAUCAUUAUCUACUCAUCUCAUAGCAGUUGAAACUCCACUGAAGUCUGUAAGACUGCAAACCUGAUUUGACUUUCAGUUGCAUUUUACUUCUCCUCAAUCCUGAAGUUAACAUGGACAUUGUGCACCAAAAAAAGGCUCGUUACUGUUCUCCCUACAACUGCUGUAUUAACCUUUUUUUGUGAAUAGGCAUAAAUACUGUGCACAAACCGAAUCAUGGCUACAUGCAUGAAGUAAGCAUGAAAGGUCAUUUUAAAAGAGCUGAGAUGGAACCACGGUGGCUGACUUUCAUGCUUUUUUUUAUGUACAAAUUGGAUUUACUGGAGUUUCAAGUGACAUGAGACGAGAGUAACUGACGCAGUUUUUAAUUUGGAGGUGAACUGAUCCUUUAACUAAACACACCAUUUUAAAAAAAUUCCAGCUUGAUCUCUGCUGUCAUGCAACAAUAAUAGGUUUUACUUUUUGUAGGUAAGUUUUUGCACCUCCUGUGCACAGGUGGCUGUAGUGCAUUUUUAACACGCGGCAUACGUCACGUUGAUGGUACGAGCUACUUCUGCACAGUCUCAGGAGAGUUACGCUGAACACAAGGAGGUGAAACUCGUUGCCAAAAAGCAGUUCGGUCAAAUUUUGCCAAGAAGUCGUUGUAUUCCUUCAAGGUUGCGUGAUGCAUUCUCCUCCGCCUCAGUAAACACCCCCGGAUGGCAGUAAAGAGGAGUAAAGCAUCCAAAAUGAUCAGGCUGUAAACUCCCCCCUGUGAUCGCUCAUUAAAUUGCUGUUCAUGUGAAUUCCUCUGUAGUUUUUCUUGUUUUUUUUUUCUGUAUGUAUCCGCUGAAACCUUCCAUCUCUCCUAAAUUCUGAGAUUUCUUGACUUGCAGUACAGACGGGGACCAGCGUCCGGCCGCCUUUUGCUCACGAGCAGUGCCAUCAUGCUUUAGUGACAGUGCGAAUGUAUUGCUAAGCGCCCACACACAUGCACACGCACAAAUCUAGAGUCUGCAGUGACGAUGCCAUCGAAGCGCACAUCUGUGUACAUCUGUGGAAUUCAUCGGUUAAGACCUCAUGAGUAGUGCAAUACUUUUCUUUUUCUUUUUUUUUUUUUUUUUACACAAACCAUGUCUUAGCACUUUUAAAAAACUAUUCCCAAUGUGCUCUGAGAUUAGUCACCAUGGCGAUAGGAUGGGACGACAAAUAAAACCUAAUAGUAACUCUGUAGGUCUACAUGUGAUGCUGGGACAACUUGAUUGUUAUUGUUAAAUUUAAUCAUGCUUAAAUAUAAAACAUUUAGUGAUAUUUUGGACUUAACUGUAAACAUCGGCACAGAGCUCAGUUGGGACAAAUCAAGAGGAUUUUACAGGGAAACCAGAGAUUAAUGACAGAAUACGCAUGUACAAAUCUGUGCCUAUACCCUAUAAAGUCCUUCUUGGGCACUUGAGAGUCAGAAAUUUUGUCUGAAGUAUAUUUUCAUUAUUAAUAUGUUACUUUAAGUUCUACAGACUGUGGUUGUAUUCAGUGCUUUCAUCUGGUCCCAGUAUCUUGCCAUUAUUGUAGAGUACACGUACAAAAACUGUCUGUGUCAUACGUUGCAUUGUGUUGUUGCCGGGUGAAAAAAAACAAACAAACAAAAAAAAAACGUGUUCUUUGCUACAGAAUUCAUAUUGAAUUUGCUUGUAGUGAAGCAUUUUUAAGUCUGCCAUCGUCAUGCACUCUGAUUUUAGAAUUAUUUUUCCUUUCAAUGACGGACGCAAAAUGUGCCCUGUUUUAUUUUUCUAUUGUAUUCAACAACUGUUUUCAUACGAUUACCCAGGAUAUACAGUUAUCUACAUUAAUUUUAUAUUUGUUUUAUUAUAACCUGUUACUUUAUCAUUCGUAUGACUAUUGAAUCAAGCUAUACUGUAUUAAAUACAAACUAUGUCAACA